UUCUCAAUUAAUAUGUUUAUGGUUCAUAAGGAAGAGACUUCAAUGCAUGUAGUAGUACAGUUGUUAAGUAUAUAUUAUAUGUUGAAACUAAGAAGUGACAUUAAAUUUAAAAAGCUGGGAAGCAUACAUUUGCUUCUCAACACUUUUACAAUAAUUUAUUGAAGAUCGUAUACACGUAAAAUAUUAUUAACACGGAAUCGUUGAUAACGAAACGAAAAUUAUUAAUAAAAAAUGGUUGUUACUGAAAAAGUUAAAUUACCCGAUGAUUCUGAGUUGGCUAGUCCAGAAUUAAAUGUCCCAUAUCCUGUCUUACAAGCAGCUUCUUUUUACAUGGGUAAAAAGUGUGAAUGGGAAAGAAAUGAGUUCAUGUUAUGCAAAGAAGAAGAAAAAGAUGCACGAGUUUGUUUAAAAGAAGGUAAAGCUUUAACGGCUUGUGGUCUGGAAUUUUUUAAACAACUAAAGAAAAAUUGCAGAGAAGAUUUUGAACAAUAUGUUACUUGUUUAGAAAGAUCAUCAGGAACGAUGGAGUUUUCAGAGUGUCGAAAAACUCAAGAAGUUGUCGAUAAAUGCAUACUGGAUAAACUCAAUAUUGAACGACCUGCUUUUGGAUACUUUUGCGAAACUAAAAUACAUGAUUCUCAAAGACCAAAACCAAAAUACCAGCCUGUUGAAUUUCCAGAUGCAUUACCACCAUUGCCAGAAGGAAAACCUGAACAUUCUGCUAAAUUUGGUAACAGGUCCUACUUUUCUUAAAUUAUUUAUUAUUUAGUAAAGUCAACAUUUUAGAAGUUGUAUUAAUCCUAUUUAACAUUACAUAACAUUACAAUAAUAUACAAUUGUUAUUUGUACAUUGUUGUAUUAUUAUAUGGAAACUUUAGUAGACGAAUAAAUUUCAUUAAGUGAAG